UUUUCGUUAAAUAACUACCCAAUCAAAAUUUGUCACAUUUUUACUUAUAUUGUAAAAAUGUUUAAAAUAUUCAAAGUUCCUUCUCGAAAUUCACUUUAUAUUCUUUCCUCGGCUUAUAUUAUCAAUAAAUAUAGUACUACUAAUAUGUUACAAGCAACCGAAAAGGAAGAUAUUUCUCCCUCUUCUGAUGACACAAAACUUAAAAAGGAUUGGUCUAGUGUUAAAGAUAUUCGUCAAGAAUCAAAAACUUUUGGCACUCGUUUAUUAGAAAAUAAAGAGGAUGUAUGGCGUCAUAAUGCUUGGGAUCACGUUGAUUGGGAUGAAGAACAAGAAGAGGCUGCUAAACAAAAAGUAUCAUUACAAUCAAAUAAUCCAAUGGCAUUAGAAGAACAACAAAAAUAUUUAAAAAAUCCAUCAGAAUUUUGGAAUACAUUUUACAAACAUAAUGAAAAUAAAUUUUUUAAAGAUCGUCAAUGGUUAAAAGUUGAAUUUCCUGAAUUACAUAAUACGACAAAUAUUGAUAGUGGAAAUAAAAAAAUUUUUGAAAUAGGAUGUGGAGCAGGAAAUACGAUGUUUCCUUUACUUGCUAUUAAUAAAAAUUCAAAUUUAUUUAUUUAUGCUUGUGAUUUCGCCGAAAACGCUGUUCAAGUAGUUAAAAAUAAUAAAGAAUAUAAUCCGAAUCAUUGUAAAGCAUUUGUAUGGGAUUUAACAAAUAAGCAUAUUCCAAUUGAAUAUAUUGAACCUAAUAGUUUAGAUAUUGUUGUAUUAAUAUUUGUAAUGUCUGCUUUAAGUCCAAAUGAUUGGAAUCAAGCUGUUGAUAAUGUUUAUAAAAUGCUUAAACCCGGCGGUCUUGUAUUAUUUAGAGAUUAUGGUAGGUAUGAUAUGGUACAAUUAAGAUUUAAAGAAGGCCGUAUGUUGUCUGAUAAUUUUUAUGUUCGUGGUGACGGUACAAGAGUUUAUUUUUUUACAUCAGAUGAAAUCGAAAAAAUUUGGGGAUCAAAAUUUUCGAUUGAACAAAAUGCUAUAGAUCGUAGGUUAAUCGUAAAUAGACAUCGUAAAUUACAAAUGUACAGAAUAUGGUUACAAGGAAAAUUUAGAAAAUUACCCAAUUUAUGAUAUUUAUUAAAUUGAUGUCAAAAACUGAUUCUAAUAUAUUUAUUUCUGAGGAAGGUAAACGUAAGCUGAGGCAUAACUAACGCUACUAUCUCCUUCGUGUUUUACAUGGCUAGAUUGUGCAUAAUGUAUAAAUCGAAUCUUCGGUUGUUGAGAUUCGUCAACAACUGAAUCAUUUUUAUUAUUAUUAUGAUUUGGUAAUGCAUUAAUUGCGCAUAAA